UACAUUACUCAUCAACAAAUAUGGCGUCCACAAACGGAGUAACUUCGAGUCCGUCAGGUAGUCUAUCGCCAGCUGGUUCUAACAGGCGUAACCAGGUUAUGGUUGGUGAAUUGCCAACUGACUUUUUGCGCACAGGCCCUUCACUGACUCAAGAACAAGAAGAUGAACGCAUCGCCAGGAUUUUACAGGCGCAGCAACAAGCUGGUGGCAAUGUUGUUUCUACUGGCAACAUUGUUGGCAGGUUGAGCAUAUCUGUGGUUCAGGCAAAGCUGACCAAGAAUUAUGGCAUUACUAAGAUGGAUCCAUACUGCAGGAUCAGAUUGGGGCACACAGUGUUUGAAACACCAACAGCUUACAAUGGAGCAAAAACUCCACGAUGGAAUAAGACAGUUACUGCAUACUUACCAUUUGGAGUGGACUCCAUGUAUCUAGAAGUGUUUGAUGAAAGAUCAUUCACUGUGGAUGACCGGAUUGCAUGGGCUCACAUUAAGCUCCCAGAAACUGUCAUGACUGGGGAAACAGUGGAUGAGUGGUUUCAGCUCAGUGGGAGGCAGGGGGAUGACAAGGAGGGGACUAUCAAUUUGGUCCUGACGCUGUCAGCUCCUGUUGAAAGUAAUGUCAUCAGCUAUACCUACACCACACCUGUGCCUAUGAUGAUGCCUAUGUAUUACCCAGUUCAACAACCAGUGGGUCAGAUGCCACCUUAUCCACCUCAGCCUCCACAGGGUCCCUUGUACACAGAAGAAGAUUUAAAACAGGUGAAGGACAUGUUUCCCAACAUGGAAGAUGAGGUGAUCAAGUCAGUGAUGGAGGCCAACAGGGGAAAUAAGGAUGCCACUAUUAACUCAUUGUUGUCUAUGAGCUCAGAAUAAAUGAUCACUGUUAAACGAGAUGAAUGAGUGAAGACUUUGGAGUGAUUACCCUUUUUUGUUACCGAAGCUUGUAUAAAAUAUAGAUUUGUCAACAAUUUAUUUGAGAAAUUGAGAUUUCUUUUCUUAAAUUAAAUGGAAUUUUUGCUAGCUUGUAUAAAGAUGUAAAAUUAUUGUAUUUCUUAUUUAGAUUUAUUAUAUACAUUAAGAAGGAGACAUUUCCGUUUUAGAUUAUAGAAGUCAAAUUGAGCUUUAAAAUUCUUUUUGAAGUACCAUCCAAACAAAUUUUAUCAAUAUUCUAACUACUAGUUGCUUAUAGUUGUUUGCCUGUCAAAUCCAAAGUACUGUGUUGUUUCAUCAUUAGACAAGAUUUUGCUUUCACCUGCACUUUAUUAUUGUUUUUUGUUCUCUAUUAGGUUUUUAUUUCUUAUACAGAAUUUUCACAUCUGCAUAAUAAAAAGUGGUUGCUGGAAAUAAUUUUAUUUUCUUGGUGAUAUGUGAGAGAUAGCAAAUAAAAUUACUACUAUUUAGGUUCGCUUAAUAAUAGAACAAAGGUUGAAUGUCAGUAACUGCGUCAGUUUUAUUUUGGGCUAGAUUUAUAAUCGUAGCAUAACCUUAACCUUUACAACAAACUGGAAAGUUAAAAGUCAAUUAAGCCCUAGUUAAAAAUUGAGUUUUGUUUGUGUUUACCGAAGUUAAAAAAGCACAGAAUGAUUGAGCAAAGACUGCAUAAUAACUUUAAAAUUCAUAUCAAUCAACGUUAAAUUUGUUUUCAUAUAAGUAAUAAUGUAAAAUUUCCUAUCAUUUAAGUAAUGGAUUGUAACCCUUGUCAGUUACUGUAGUAGACAAUAAUUUAUUGUACUAAAUAUAUAUUUGUCUGCUGAAUAUUUUUGUCACACUAAAUGAAGAAACUAUUAAACAGUUAUGCAGUGUGAUCAAUUAGAAAACUGCAGACAUUUUUGGCUUUCAAUUUUACUACUGUAAAUAAAAAUAUAUGUAUACUUUCACAGUGUCUAUUUUUAAAUGGUUUUAUUUCUUUUGAGUUUUCUAUAUUUAUUUUGAGUUGUGUUUAAGGUACUGAUAGUUGUACAGAAGUUUUAUUCAUACCUAUAAAACUGUAAACAAAAAUUUAAAAAUGUUUCUAUGAUAGUAUAUGAUGUUUCUUAUUUCAGAUUUAUUUUCAAACUUUAAAAAAAUAGGCAUUUAUGUUAAUAAAGUUAUCUAUUGUGUGUUGUGUUUUGAUUUGUAUUAUUUUCGAAGGAAUUUACUGUGUUGCUGUUCAGUAAUAUUUUGUAAAGGUAUAUAAAUGUAAUAAUUAGAAUAAGCACUUUUUCAAUCUGUUUCUAUUUUUGUAAAAGAUUGUAAACACAAGCAUUGUCUAACAAUCAUAAUCAAUUUAAUUUUCCAAAUUUUUCUUCUAAAAGAUAAAUUUAAUAUCCUGCAACACAUUUUAUUCUUUCAGUAAUUAAAUCUAUUUAGCUAUUAUUUUGUAAAUAACUUUUUCUGUGUGCUUUGGUUAUCUUAUUUGUAGUUUUAUGGGUUGUCUAAGAUAAACAUAAUUUGUCAUUUUCACAGCUUUUGUACUUUUUAAAAGAAAUAUCAUGUGUCUUAAUAGUUUAUCCUUAAUUGCAAUAUUAUAAAGCUUCUAUUUUCAGUUGGUUUUCUUUUUGGUAACCAGGGUGAAUAAUUAAAACAUGAACAUGCUUUUCAUUCCAUUUUAUGUUCUCAGGUGGCUUUGGACUAUGAUUCUGUUUUGUGCUUCAAAUUGAAGUACUCUCCCAAUCAUUCAUAAUUGUUGACUAACAAGGUACACAGACAUCUCUUAAGAAAUUCAGUAAAAUAUAAUUUACACUUCAGUCUACUAGAAGAUUUUUUAAGGAUUUUAUUAGAAUAAAUAUGUAAGUUAAUCUAAUAUAAUCCUAAAAUGUGAUGCUUCUGCUGCUAGUUAUGUUUAUCUGAUUAUCAAAAUCAAACAUUUCAAACUAGACAUUUAAAGUUUUGCUACAUGCAAUUUUAAAUGAAUUAUUUUUGUAUUCUUCAAGCUGCUUAGAAUGGUUAGGCAGAUAUUAAAAUUUUGAUUUAAAUAGUAAAGAUUGCAGCAAAUGCUACUUAAUUAUUAAUAUAAAGAUUUUAAAAUAAAUUACAUAGGAUUUUGUCUGAUUUAAACAAACUAAUAUGUAUUACUUUACAUUUAAGUGUCAUAUGAAUGUAUAUUGGCAAAAUAUAAGGCCAUAAUCCUAGUACAAGUCAUAUCUUUGUACACUAACAUAAUAUCAAUAGCUUUUUGCCUCCCUUCAAAACUAUCCAAUCAAUGUAACCUACAAUACGUUAACUUUUUAAAGCUGGAAGUUGAGUGUAUUAUAAAAUGUAUAAAUGGCGUGACACAUUAUUAACAAUGUAUCUUUUUAUGAAGAAAAUAUUUCAGAUUGUAAUAUGUGUAUAAAUUCUUUUUAAAAUGA